ACGUGGUCAGCCAAUAGGAAACGGAUCUGGCUCGGGGAGGGCGGGUCUUCGGAUAGAGACGUCAUUACAACGCGACUGUUGGCUGUAGCUGGAACGCUGGCAAAAUGGUGGUGAUGGCGCGACUUUCGCGGCAGGAGCGGCCGGACCUUGUCUUUGAUGAAGAAGACCUCCCCUAUGAGGAGGAAAUUAUGCGGAACCAGUUUUCUGUCAAAUGCUGGCUCCGCUACAUUGAGUUCAAGCAGGGGGCCCCGAAGCCCAGGCUCAAUCAGUUGUACGAGCGAGCGCUGAAGCUGCUGCCCUGCAGCUACAAACUCUGGUACCGCUACCUGAAAGCACGCAGGGCCCAGGUGAAGCAUCGCUGUGUGACUGAUCCUGCCUAUGAAGAUGUCAACAACUGCCACGAGAGGGCCUUCGUUUUCAUGCACAAGAUGCCACGUCUAUGGCUGGAUUAUUGUCAGUUCUUGGUGGACCAGGGCCGUAUCACUCACACACGCCGCACUUUCGACCGUGCCCUGCGGGCGCUGCCUAUCACACAGCACUCUCGUAUUUGGCCUCUGUACUUGCGCUUCCUGCGCUCACACCCACUACCUGAGACAGCUGUGCGGGGCUACCGGCGCUUCCUCAAGCUGAGCCCUGAGAGCGCAGAGGAAUACAUCGAGUACCUCAAGUCAAGUGACCGGCUGGACGAGGCUGCACAGCGCCUGGCCACCGUGGUGAAUGAUGAGCGCUUCGUCUCCAAGGCUGGCAAGUCCAACUACCAGCUGUGGCACGAGCUCUGUGACCUCAUCUCCCAGAACCCAGACAAGGUGCAGUCGCUCAACGUGGACGCCAUCAUCCGAGGGGGCCUUACCGGCUUCACAGACCAGCUGGGCAAGCUCUGGUGUUCACUGGCCGACUACUACAUCCGCAGUGGCCAUUUUGAGAAGGCUCGGGACGUGUACGAGGAGGCCAUCCGGACCGUGAUGACCGUGCGGGACUUCACCCAGGUGUUUGACAGCUAUGCCCAGUUCGAGGAGAGCAUGAUUGCAGCGAAGAUGGAGACCACCUCGGAGCUGGGGCGGGAAGAAGAGGAUGACGUGGACUUGGAACUGCGCCUGGCCCGCUUUGAGCAGCUGAUCAGUCGGCGGCCCCUGCUCCUCAACAGCGUCUUGCUGCGCCAGAACCCGCACCAUGUCCAUGAGUGGCACAAGCGUGUGGCCCUGCACCAGGGCCGCCCCCGGGAGAUCAUCAACACGUACACGGAGGCUGUGCAGACAGUGGACCCCUUCAAGGCUACGGGCAAACCCCAUACGCUGUGGGUUGCAUUUGCCAAGUUUUAUGAGGACAACGGGCAGCUGGAUGAUGCCCGCAUCAUCCUGGAGAAGGCCACCAAGGUGAGCUUCAAGCAAGUGGAUGACCUGGCAAGUGUGUGGUGCGAGUGUGGUGAGCUGGAGCUCCGGCACGAGAAUUACGACCAGGCCUUGCGGCUGCUGCGGAAGGCAACAGCACUGCCCGCCCGCCGGGCUGAGUAUUUUGACGGCUCGGAGCCUGUGCAGAACCGUGUGUACAAAUCAUUAAAGGUGUGGUCCAUGCUUGCCGACUUGGAGGAGAGCCUUGGCACCUUUCAGUCCACCAAGGCUGUGUAUGACCGUAUUCUGGACCUGCGCAUCGCUACCCCCCAGAUCGUCAUCAACUACGCCAUGUUCCUGGAGGAGCACAAGUACUUCGAGGAGAGCUUCAAGGUGAGGAGAGCCCAUCAGGAGAUCCCAGACAGCAGUGUCCCUACCCUCAUUCAGUGCUGGCCCCUGUCUUACAACACACAGGUCAACUUCAUGGCCUCGCAGAUGCUCAAGGUGUCGGGCAGUGCGACAGGCACUGUGUCCGACCUUGCCCCCGGGCAGAGUGGCAUGGAUGACAUGAAGCUACUAGAGCAGCGGGCAGAGCAGCUGGCAGCCGAGGCCGAGCACGACCAGCCCCCACGGGCCCAGAGCAAGAUCCUGUUCGUGAGGAGCGAUGCGUCCCGGGAGGAACUGGCUGAGCUAGCGCAACAGGCCAACCCGGAGGAGAUCGAGCUGGGGGAGGACGAGGACGAGGACGAGAUGGACCUGGAGCCCAAUGAGGUGCGGCUGGAGCAGCAAAGUGUGCCGGCUGCUGUGUUUGGGAGCCUGAAGGAAGACUGAUGGCGCACUGCCCACCCCACCCCCACCCCCACCCC